GGGAAAUGGACUUGUUUGGUGAUCUACCAGAACCAUCAGCUGUGACUACAAGUAAUAACUUGUUGACACAAACACCGGGAAAGGUCAAUGAAGGAGAAGGAAGAGGGGAGAAGAGGAAAGACACAGAAGAUGUACUUUUUCAGAACAAGACUGCUAGCAGGACAAAAGCCUCUGUCAUGUUCAGAUUGAAGGGAUUUGUGGCGGAGAGACGUGGUGAAAGAGAUGAGAUGCAAGAUGCACAUGUUAUAAUAGAUGAAUUUACAUCAGAAUUCAAUGACCUUGAUCCAUCUAUUGUGCGUGUAGCUCUGUAUGCUGUCUUCGAUGGCCAUGGUGGUGCUAGGGCGUCCAGGUUUGCAUCCCAGCAUUUGCAUAAAAUUCUGCAAGAUAAUUUCCCUAAGGGGGACAUAACCCAGGUUGACAGAGAGAUUAAAAAGGCCUUUGUUGAAACAUGUAAAAGGAUGGAUGAAGAAUUUCUCAAGCUCGCCACUAAAAGUAAACCCUCAUGGAAGGAUGGCACCACAGUUUCCAUUGUUCUGAUAGUCAAUGAUACAGUCUACACUGCUAACCUAGGUGACAGCCAGGUGUUCCUGUGUCGUCAGAAAGAGGACAAACAUGUACCUAUACAUCUAACCACUGUCCACAACCCAUCGGCAUAUGAGGAGAGAAUCAGGAUCCAGAAAGCUGGUGGUUCUGUUAAGGAGGGUCGAGUAAUGGGAGUCUUGGACGUGUCACGCUCUAUUGGUGAUGGCCAGUACAAGAAACAUGGUGUAUCUUGUUUACCGGAUAUGAAGAAAUGUCAGCUCACACAUAACGACAGGUACCUCCUAAUUGCCUGCGAUGGAUUAUGGAAAGCCUUUACACCAGAGGAAUGUAUACAAUUUACAAACAGCAUUUUAGAGGAUUCAAGUAUACAAGGCACAGAUACACAGACAGCCUCGGAAGUUCAAUUAGACAGUGUCGUUAACAAAUUAGCUAAUACUGCGGUGUUAAGACUGAGUUCGGACAAUGUGACAGUGAUGGUGGUGGGCAUUAAAAGUGUUAACAGCUGAUACAAUACUUACCGUGUUGUCUCGGCAUAUAGACUCAAGGUCAACAUCUGAACAGAGAAUAUUAUCUCAAGAAGAAAAAUGAAUUCAAAUGUAUUUUUUUAUCUUCGAGUAAAGAAACAGGUCAUUAUUUCAUAUAAGACUAAAGAGCGACGGCUUAAAAAUCUGAAAAAGGUGUCACUAAGAUAAAAUUAAAGGAAAGACGAUGUGCAUCAUCGUCAAUAAGUACAAGAAGAUACAUUUCAUGAAAUAUUACUUAAGUUGACCUAGAAGGACUGCAGUUCGUAAAAAAAGUUUCAAACGCUAAGCCUGAAAUAAAGUUAAUGAAAUUCUGACAGGAGAGGACAAAUGGAAACUUUGCUAAGAGCUAGACUGCGAAAUAAUGGUUCCAGGGAUUGAGUUUUCUCUGUUUGCAUCCAACAAAAGUGACUUGAUUAUAUUUAUCUCGCUUUUUCCUAUCAUUAAUCACUACAGGUUGUAAUGGUGUACUCAGUACAUUAUCUCUACAUCUGAUGAAAUGUGUCUAAGUUUUUGUGCUGGGCUGAUAAUACAAACCAAUGAGCUCACUCAGUAUAUCAUCACUACACAUGAUGAAAUGUGUCUAAAUAUUUUUGCAAACCCUUGGAACCAAUCAAUAGAUGUCAAAGUGCUAAGAUGGUUAUCUGUAAAGUUUAGAAAUUACCUGGUGUCCUUGUAAAGGCAGAGUUCAAGUUUAAUUCCCUAUGUAAAUUUUAUGUUCAUCUACAGGUAAAUGAAAAAUAACAGGCUUGAAAUGGCUUGGAAUGGUAUUAAUUAAACAAUAAGUAAUUUAACAAAAAAUUUAAUACAAUAAAAAGACAAUUGAAAGCGUUUGGUACUUACUCAGUGUAUUUAGUUACUGAUCAUGUAUUAAGAACCCAUCGCCAUUCAUACUACAACUUCCUGAUGUAGUGAUGUGACAAAGUAACCCAAUCUCUGUGAACAUUGCCCCAGUCUGAGUCAAAAUUCAACAACUUUCUUAUAAUACCUCAGAGCUGGUUAUUUUCAGUAGUCAAAUUUUUCAUGAUUUGUUUUUAAAACAAUCAAUUUAUAUUACAAAAUGUUUGAUAUGCCCAUUAGAGACAAAUUUAAAUAAAUAAAUAAGAUAACUGAUGGGAAAUGCUUGUGUUUCAGUUAAACAACGGCAUGAAGAUUGAUAAUGAAAAUGGUAUGAAAAAUUUUAACAGUGUGAUUAAAAUUGCACAGAAUAAUCAUCCUCUAAUUUAUUUUAUUGAAAAUAAAUUCAAAUUGCUGUAAA